AAAACUCUUUUUUUUAUUUGAUUCUAAUCAUCUUAAAUCACGAGGUUUCAAUUUCAUUCUCAUUUCACUGUCCCAAAAUUCUUCUCCAAUUAUGACGAAUUUGAAUUGUGACGGUGGGAUCCUCGACGCUCAACCCUCUUCUCCGCCGCCUUCCAAGCUCAUUAUCGAUACUGAUCCCGGAAUCGAUGACAGCAUGGCAAUCUUGAUGGCUUUUCAAACUCCACAGUUGGAGAUCUUAGGGUUGACAACAAUCUUUGGUAAUGUUACUACGGAAGAUGCCACUCGCAAUGCCUUGCUUCUGUGUGAGAUCGCAGGGUGUCCAGGUGUCCCUGUGGCAGAGGGCAGCUCAGAACCUUUGAAGGGAGGAACGCCACGUGUUGCUGACUUUGUUCAUGGCUCUGAUGGACUGGGAAAUAUAUCUCUACCUCCACCAAAGUCAAAGAAAUGUAAUAAGAGUGCAUCUGAAUUUCUGGUUGAGAAGGUCUCUGAAUAUCCCGGUGAAGUGUCUGUACUUGCACUUGGACCGCUAACAAACUUGGCUUUGGCUAUCAAACGGGACUCUUCCUUUGCUAGCAAGGUGAAAAAUAUCGUUAUACUUGGUGGUGCUUUCUUCGCUCUGGGAAAUGUAAAUCCUGCUGCUGAAGCAAAUAUUUAUGGAGAUCCAGAAGCAGCAGAUGUUGUGUUUACCUCUGGGGCAAACAUUGUUGUGGUUGGAAUAAACAUUACAACACAAGUCAAAAUGACAGAUGCUGACUUGCUUGAAUUAGCGGAAUCUAAAGGGAAGCAUGCUCAACUACUUAGUGACAUGUGCAAAUUUUACAGAGAUUGGCAUGUUAAGUCUGAUGGUGUUUAUGGGAUUUUCCUUCACGACCCUGUUAGUUUUGUAGCUGUAGUUUGCCCUGAUCUCUUCACAUACAAGAAGGGAGUUGUGAGGGUUGAAACGCACGGUAUAAGUGUUGGGCAUACACUAAUGGAUCAAGGACUAAAAAGAUGGAACGGAAGCAACCCGUGGACAGGCUAUUCCCCUGUUUCAGUUGCUUGGACGGUCAAUGUUGAUCAAGUCCUUGGUUAUAUCAAGAAACUGUUGAUGAAACCAUGAAAGCUGCUGGUGCAAUGUCGUCCACAUCUCAAAGAUGAUGCUGAACUUUGAAAGUGAAUGUUGGGUUGUGUCUAAGAUCUACCAAAACCCUCUGUGCUCUCUUCUUUUCUCGCUGGUCUGGUCACAACCCAAGUUCUGGGUUUGAGGGCUGAUAUCUGGUGUCUUGUUGAUCAAAUUUCUGUCUUUCCAUGAAUUUGUAAACAUACUCAAAAGAAUACUCAAUUAAUAAAAGAUCCUUAGAAUAUCA